GCGUGGACUAAACACAGUAAAAGCCCUUCUUUAAAUAGUCCGCACUCCUUAAAAGCGAUAUAGAUACAUAAAAGCUGGUGUUUACGCUCCAGCAUCUUUACGACGGGAUGAGAGGAGGACUGCUGUGAUUUGUUGAAAUUAAACCGCAGGGUCUUUUCACAGCAACGCGAGAUCUUGAUAAUCUCUGUGAGGAAGGAAGGAGGGAAGGAAGGGAGGAAGGGGCCUAGCUGGAGAUUUAUUUACGGUGUGUGUUGGGCACACUGGUUGCGGCUAUUCGGAGUGUAACGGUAACAGUUAGCGGGCUAAUGGAGUAAGCCAUUUGUUUACCAUCGACUACGAAUGACUGGCUAUGAACUGUUGGCGGUUUGACGCGAGGAGGCUCAAAGGACAGAAGUCCAUGACACAAUGAGUCCUCCACCUCUGCCUGUAGUCUUCUGCUGUUGUCACAGGAAAAUCUGGUUGCAUUCAGCAGUAGGAGGCGAACAAAUCUCUGUUUUCCACCCCGUUAUUAUCUGUCCCCUGACAAUGCUACGGAAGGACAAGCAUAAUGAAUAGAUACACUACCAUCAGACAGCUCGGGGAUGGCACCUACGGCUCAGUCAUCCUCGGCCGCAGUCUGGAGUCGGGGGAACUAGUUGCCAUUAAGAAAAUGAAAAGGAAGUUCUACUCCUGGGAAGAAUGCAUGAACCUCCGUGAAGUGAAGUCCUUAAAGAAGCUGAACCAUGCUAACGUGAUCAAGCUUAAGGAGGUAAUUCGGGAAAAUGAUCACCUCUACUUUAUAUUUGAGUACAUGAAGGAGAAUUUGUACCAGCUCAUGAAAGACAGGACACGGUUAUUUCCUGAAUCUACUGUAAGAAAUAUCAUGUUUCAGAUACUUCAGGGGCUCGCCUUCAUUCAUAAACAUGGUUUUUUCCACAGGGAUAUGAAGCCAGAGAAUCUUCUGUGCAUGGGCCCAGAGCUGGUGAAAAUAGCUGACUUUGGGCUUGCCCGAGAGAUCAGAUCUCGACCGCCUUACACGGAUUAUGUUUCAACUAGAUGGUACCGAGCUCCAGAGGUGCUCCUCAGAUCCACAUCCUACAGUUCACCUAUAGACCAGUGGGCAGUUGGCUGCAUUAUGGCAGAGCUGUAUACCCUCAGGCCUCUUUUCCCAGGAUCCAGUGAAGUAGACACCAUAUUCAAGAUUUGCCAAGUCUUGGGUACACCAAAGAAGAAUGAUUGGCCCGAGGGAUAUCAGCUGGCCAGUGCUAUGAAUUUCCGUUGGCCUCAGUGUGUUCCCAGUAAUCUGAAGACACUGAUCCCAAAUGCAAGUCCUGAAGCCAUCCAUCUGAUGACCGACCUGCUACAGUGGGAUCCCAAGAAGAGACCAGCGUCUGCCCAGGCUCUCAGGUAUUCGUACUUCCAUGUUGGCCAAGCUUUGGGGACGCCUCAGCAGAUCUUGGAGCAGGGCAGGCCUCAGCCGAGCCGUGUGCCAAUGCAGACUCCUUUACAGUCUCAACAGAUGUUGCAGCAGCAGCCUCUGCUGCUUAAGCCUGUGCCCCCCUCCCAGCCUCCUCCUCCCAACCAACACUGCUCGCCCUCCAGGCCUCUUCAGCAGGUCCAGCACUCCCCUGCAUCGGCAGCCGCCCAGGCUGCAGCGUACCAGCGGCACACAGAGCUGGUGCGAGAGCAGCAGCAGCCAAAGCACAUCCUGAAGCAGGAGCAGACUGAGGGAACGCCGCAGAGCCAUCUUCCUUACAUCGUUGACAAGACUCUCCAGUGCAAGCAAACGAGGCAGGAGCCAGAAAAUGCAAACCUGCUGAGCUAUCAGUUGAAACCUAAAGGAGGAGGAGGGCGGCGGCGGUGGGGCCACGGCACAGGGCACCUCAAGGGUGACGACUGGGACGACUACGAAGAAACUGAUCUGACGUCUAUAAGUAUUCUUGGGAAAAGUAACUUCUCCACACAGAAGUCGAGGCAGGGAGAGGGCACGCCGAGCAGAUAUGGAAAUAUUCUGGAUUUUAGCCGACCCACUGGAAAUGAAGAUGCACCUUUAAACCUGAACAAGACUGCAUCCUAUCAAGAGCCAUCAAGAACUGCCUCUGCUAAGCAACAUUACUUGAGGCAGUCGAGAUAUUUACCUGGCAUUAGUACAAAGAAGAACGUGGCCAUAAAUGCCAGUAAAGACUUCACUGGAAGCCAUCUUUGGGGCAGCAGUAGUAUUCCAUUCGGAGGGACUCUGCCGAGUAGAGGCGCUCACGGCACAAAUACAAUCCCAGGUGGAUACAUGCCAUCUUUUUACAAAAAAGACAGCGGCUCUGCCGGUCACAGAGGGCAUCAGGGUCCUUCAGUGGAGACAACAGCAUCAAAUUAUGCAACGUGGCGGUCUGGCCGGAGCCAGAUGAACACGUCUGCCAACAUGCCAUCGACCAACAAAAGCACCCCGGGUCUGCUGCCUCGCCCGCCGCUGCAGACUAUUCAUGGGCGAACGGACUGGUCUGCCAAAUACGGACACCGCUAGUGGCCUCGCCCCUGAGCUCCGAUCUGUGCCCUAAGAACUGUUUCUCUCCAAAGAGUAGGCAUAGUCGUUUUAUAAUCAAAAUGUGUACAUAAAUCUUACACAGCAAUAAAUUCAGUUUUGUCGUGCGUACCAUGGAUGUUGUGAUAUGUAAAAUAUUUAAGUAAACAGGUAGAAUGCAACCUGCCAAAAUGUGAGCCCAGAUUUGCUCAUCAGUGUUUUAUUUUGUAUUUCUGGAGCUGAACGUAUGUCCUGCGGAGGUUGCAUUCGCAGUUUUGUAUCAUAUCUGUUGUUUACCACAUGUACACAUUAUAUGCAUACUGUAACUAUUCACUGUGACUUUUUUUGGCUGACAAGUUACUUUGCCUCUGUACAGUAGUAAUGUUUUUCUUUUUACAUGAUUAUUCUUUUGUUUUACAGUGAUUGCAUUUCCAAUCAGGUAGCUGUCAUUUAUGUGUUAUCUCCUUCUCUAUGUCACUGAAUUUUAAUGCAAUUCAAGGGGUUGUGACAUUGUAUAGAUCCGUUUCUGUUCAGUAACACAUUUAACCCCUCUCGGCCAAACUGAGUGUAAUUAUUGAAAUGCAGGUUAUCAAGUACAAUUAAACUUUUUGACUGGGUA